CUGGCCGGGGCUGCCCAGCGCUGUGGGACGGGGGAUCCCGGCCCCCUCAGGGCGCAGACCCCACUCCCUCCCCUCCGCGGGGCCGUCCCGUCCCGUCCCGCCCGGGGCCGGGGCCGGGGGCGGGCACGUCCCGCCCGCGCAGGGCUGGGCUCGGCCCCCGCCUGCCCGCACAGCCGCGGCUGCCUCCCCCGCGGGCCGGGCCGGGCCGGGCGGCAGGAUGGGGCUGGAGCUCUACCUGGACCUGCUCUCGCAACCCUGCCGCUCCAUCUACAUCUUCGCCCGCAGUAACAACAUCCCCUUCGAGUUCAAGCACGUGGAGCUCUUCAAAGACUCGGUGCUCGGGAAGAAGCCGGCGGCGGGGAGCGGCGGGGAGCAGCCCGGGGCAGGGCCAUCAAAUAGUGAAGGAGCUGGCAAAGUCAGCCUGCUGAAGAAAGUACCAGCACUAAAGGAUGGAGACUUCACCUUAGCAGAAUGCACUGCCAUUCUGCUGUACCUGACUCGAAAGUACAACACUCCCGACCACUGGUACCCAUCAGACAUCCAAAAACGGGCCCAGGUAGAUGAGUACCUCUCAUGGCACCAUGCUAACAUCAGGGCUAAUGCUCCCAAGACCAUGUGGAUCAAGGUGCUGAUUCCCCUCUUCACAGGGCAGCCUCUUCCCUCCGAGAAGCUCCAGGAGGUUAUGGAAGGGCUGUCCACUUCCCUGAAGCAAUUUGAGGAGAGGUUUCUGCAGGACAAGGCUUUUAUCGUUGGGAGCGAGAUCUCCCUGGCCGACCUUGUGGCCAUUGUGGAGCUGAUGCAACCUGUUGGAGUUGGUUGUGACAUCUUUGAAGACAGGCCCAGGCUGAGGGAGUGGCGCAGGCGGGUGGAGGAUGCUGUGGGGAAAGAGCUUUUCUUCCAAGCUCAUGAGAUGAUCCUCAAUAUCAAAGAACUGAGCAACAUUCAAAUUGAUCCACAGCUGAAAGAGCAACUGGCACCUGUGUUGAUGAAGAUGAUGAAAUGAAUUAAUCUAUCUUACCGUUUUUCCUGCCUUCUUUUUUUUUUUUUUUUUAAAUCUUGUCUGACCUCCAGUUCUACAUGAAACUGGGCAGAGCACUGUCAUUCUUUCUAACACAGAAAUUGCAGUGUUUCCCCCAACCAGACCUUUCCUGUUUCUUUGGGGGGUGGAAGCUGGGCAAGGUUUAAGACCCAAAACAUUAAAUUUAUCCAAAAGGCUGAAGCCCUACAGGUCACUCAACACAUGCAUCUGGGUUUUAUUUCAGACUCAGUCUUCUCAGAGAUGUUGAGACAUGAAUGACAAAAUCUGAGCCAGCCUGCAAACUGGGAACAUUACAGAACUGUAUAGGAUGAGUGUUGUUUUCAUGUAUAUUUAAUAUUUGCAGCUCCUUCUCAGGUGGCAAGCACUGGAAAGCCUGUCUGAUCCUCACCUUCCUCCCACAUGUCUGCACAGACAAGCACGGAGCAAAACUACAGGCAGGCACAAAAGUGAAAAACAACAUGGAAUUUUAUUCCUUUUUAUGUUUCUGAUUACUGAGGCAUCUUGCUUGGCUGUCCAUCUACAUUCCACACUUCUUCUAUUUGUCCUUAGGAUCCUGUGAGAAGUUUCUUCAUAUUAAUCUACAACUGUGAAUCUCCAUAACUCUUCAGGUUAAUCACUGCUCUUCGUUUUUUAAAGCCUGGAUUUCGUUGGUGCUUGGUCUACCAGCUCACAGGUGGCAGGGGCUGUUCUUGGAGACUUGUGGGCACGGCCUUCAAAUAAUGGCCUACCUAAAAUACUCUGUUGGGAUUACAUAGGGAUACACUGAAAGAAUGCAAUCACAGGUAUUUCUUGAAAGAGAAUGUAACAGCAAUCAAAGUGUUUUUUCCUGUGGCAAUGCUGUAACAGCAAUCCACAUGUCUCCUAGAAAAUGCAAAGGGGGAACAAAUCUAGAUGUGGUCUUCUGAGACUGUUUUGGAUGGAAGUUCACCAAGUAAGUCACCCUGUGCAGCUGAAGCAAUAAGAGGUUUUGUGGCAUUGAGCAACAUAUGCAGCACAAUAAAAGGGCAGAGAGUUGUUUUGGA